GUGUGUGGCAGUGCACGCCUGGGUUCUCCUCCCACUGAUCCGCCCAGCUCGAUUCGCCGCUCUUUUGGCCUUUCGGCAGCAUCUGCAGCAGGAAGACCUUUCCCCAAAAUGCAGGAUCCUAAUGCAGAUACAGAGUGGAAUGACAUCUUGCGUAAAAAAGGCAUCCUUCCUCCAAAAGAGAAGCUGAAAGAGCAAGAACAGGCUGAAGAGGAAAGGGAGCAGCAGAUUCUUCAGCAACAAUCAGUUGUUAAGACCUAUGAAGACAUGACCCUGGAGGAACUUGAAGAAAAUGAAGAUGAAUUCAAUGAGGAAGAUGAACGUGCUGUAGAAAUGUACAGGCAGCAGAGACUAGCUGAAUGGAAAGCAUCUCAAGCAAAGAAUAAAUUUGGACAAGUUUUAGAGAUCUCAGGACAGGAUUAUAUCCAGGAAAUUACAAAAGCUGGCAAAAAUAUCUGGGUGAUAUUGCAUCUUUACAAACAAGGUAUUCCCCUCUGUGCCUUGAUAAACCAACACUUAAGUGGACUUGCCAAGAAGUUCCCAGAUGUCAAGUUUGUCAAAGCCAUUUCUACAACUUGCAUACCCAACUAUCCUGAUAGAAACCUCCCCACAAUCUUCAUCUACCUGGAAGGUGACAUCAAGGCCCAGUUUAUUGGACCACUGGUAUUUGGAGGCAUGAAUUUGACAAGAGAUGAAUUGGAAUGGAAGAUUUCUGAGUCAGGUGCCAUCAAAACAGACCUGGAGGAGAACCCCAGGAAGCAAAUUCAAGACCAGCUGAUGACGUCCAUCAAGUGCUCUGUUCCAACAAAGAGAGAAGAAAAUGACUCGGAGGAGGAUUAAGACCUCACAUGCAGCCCUCUGCUGUGCCCAGUCACUCAGAAUUACUCUUCAACAAAACCAGAGGGUUUAUUGCUAUGAAAUCAUGUGUUUUGUUUCAGCUGAAUGACUCUCAAUGGUGGUAUUCCUUCUUGAAAAAGAAACUACAUUGUGUGUGCAUAGACUUGCAGAGGAUUAAAUUAAAAGCAAUUUUUAAAGUUGAAAUGCCAUUGAAGUCACUGGUGAUGGACAUCUUAUUAGCAAAUGUGGUAUCUGCUUUUGUUCUCUUACCACUACCUGUUAGAAACUCUCCCCUCUGCUCCAGAGUCACUGUAGGGCUUGAUAAAAAUCACAUGGUAAUUUUUGGAAGAGCUACGUUGAACACUGUAGGCAUUCACUGACCAGAUCAAGCUGUGGUAGGCUAAUAUUGACACCAGGUUCUCUAAAUCCGUGGGUUUAUCUAUCCUGAAAUCAGAUCAAGUACAGGAGAUGCAGUACAUCUUGAAAUAAAAAUUGAGGCUAUUCUUCCUCUUCUAUA